AUGUUCUACAAUUUUGCACCGCCUCGGUCGAUAGCCAAGCGUCGCCGGGUGGACCGGGCCUGCGAAUUCUGCCGGCGACAUCGUGUGCGCUGCGAUGCAUCUACUCCAUGCGCCCAAUGCGUGGCAAACAAGGCAGUCUGCAGUCGGUCCCAGCGUACACACGCACGUUCCAAUAGAGACGCAUUAGUUUCUGAUGUGGCCAAAGAAUCUCCCUCGCGGGCGUCUCCCAUAGACCGAGUUUGCACCAGCGGAUCAAAAGCCCUGCAGCAGCAGGUUGUUCCUGUGAACAAUCAAGUAGACUCGACCCUGGAGUUUGUCAAUCGGAUAAACACGUUCUGCUCGAGUGUGUUUCUUCAGUGCAUACCGCACAAUGACGAUCCUGGUCCUUUCAGAUCCCCAUUCUGUCCUGGCACCGUGGAGGAAACCGAGUCUACCAAGUGCGACUUGUCGCCUACUCAGAUAGAUCGCCUGAUCUCGAUAUUUUUGACACGAUUGCACCCACAGAUUCCUAUAAUCUGUGAAGAGGAUUUGCAGCCUUCAAAUUCGCUGCCUGAAUACGUUGCCCUUCGAGAUGCAAUUACCGCGUACACCAUGCAAUUUGUCUUUCAUUCGGGCCUUCAUUCUCGGCUCCUGGGACUGCAAUGGAAGCAAUUCGACACUGGGAAUAGGCGGUCUAGAGUUGUGGGCAUGCCCUAUUUCCAGCGAUGUCUGGCAAGCUGCACCCAAUAUACCAUGUUUUCAGACCCCUCGGUCAUAACGUUGAAAUGCUAUUGCAUCAUAACAAUGUAUCUCCUGGACACAGGUCAGCACCAUGCGGCAUAUAAUAUAAUUGGGCUCGCUGUGCGCAUGGCUCAGUCACUCAAUCUCGACGAAACCGGUCUUCCCGGUCUGGCUCUGGAGGAAUCUGAGCGUUCCCCCAUUUGGUGGACUCUGGUGCAUCUUGACUUUCGUUGCUCACGAUACCACGGAAAGCCAGUGACAACUCAAUACGCUAUUUCAAAGGACCUGCUACAAUAUUCGCUAUCUAUGACUUCGGUCGGUCAGAAUUGUUCUCCGUACUACUUUUAUUCUCUCCGGUUGACGUGUGCGGCACUUGCGGUUUUGGACUCUGUCACCCACAAUAUGGCGCGUGAGAAGGAUCAUGAUAUAGAGACACGCGCUCGUGUUCUUUCAGAAAACAUGCAGCUAAUACACUACUGGAAGGAAGCUGUGCAGAAAGAGCAUAGCUUCAAACAUCUUCGCCUGAAUGCCCUGAGUCCAUCUUUACCCGGGGACAUUGCUUCACCGGGAGUGGAAGAAGACGAUUACAUGACUCACCUACCCAUCGACAUACAGCUCAAUACUCUUCUAGAGCUGCAGUACCACGAUACCAUAAUCAGUCUGCACCGCAGCUUUAUCGAAUUCCCUAGUACACCAUCCGGGCUACAAAAGAGCCAUCACGCUAAGUCGCACGUAGCCACGGCAGCCCAGCACGCGUUGACUGCCAUUCGCAUAAUCCAUUCUCGAAUGUCCCAACACGAUGUCUUUUACGGUUCCAGCGAGCUGUAUCAGUACCAGUGGAAUGCUGUGCUGACAUUGAUCGGAUUCAUGCUGGCGUAUCCAUCUUACGCGCGUCAGACAGUACUGAGACACGUCAACCUUGCUCUAGCGGCCUUUGAAUUUGGCGGUCGACAGUCUGAUGCAGCUGCGCGUGCAGCGAGCCAUACUCGUUUUCUUCGUGACAAGGUGGCUGAAUUGAACGAUAUUCGGUGUAUUGACUAUCAACCACAGCUUGAGCCAGACACAGAACUCCAGGGGCUGGCAGAAGACCUGGACCUGGGUCAAGAGCUUGAUUGGACUAAUUUUAUUGAUUCGGCGCUGUGGUCGACGUAUUCUGAUCAAGUUCACGAUGCAUUUGACCUUGAUAGUUUUCUCAAACAAUCUAUAACUGAUGUGGUGCCUGAGGCAUGA